AUGUUCAAACAGGACACCAAGAAAGUUGUUCAAGGCAAGCAGUUCGUCUCCUUUCUCAUUUGCCUUAAACAACAAGAUUCUGUAGUAAACUCAAUAUUCAACCAUCCAAAAUCUAUGGUUGACAAGGAAAUAAAAUUAUUCGUCCAAGAAUUCGAGGUAAUUUGCAACCAAUCAAUCGUCUAUCUGGCGACGUUUGAGACGAAUCGAAACGAUCGCGAGCCAGAGAAUCUCAAGAGAUGCAUCGCUUGCGCACAAGAUUCACCAGAUAAAUAUGAAGGCGGAAUUUCAUCGUUAAGCAAAAAGUUGAACGACGUAUCUGCAAAACUGAAAGAAUCAAGACCCGUUUUUGAAAAUCUGUUGGCAGAGUUAACGGAAUUGAAAGAGCGAAGGAAGAACAUAGAAGAUCCUUAUUUCGAAGAGCGUAGAGAAUUUUUAAAAGAACAGGAUCAUGCCAAGAGCAAAUUGGACGAAGAGUUUAAGACCAAGGAACAAGAAUUAGUGAACACAUAUCGCUUGAUGAUGGAAGAGGAGUUAAGGGGCACUUAUGACCCUAUCGGUGGUCAAAAGUCAUAA